AUGGAGGUGAAAGAGAGUGAAAGAGUGGUAAUAGCCAAACCAGUGGCUUCAAGGCCUUCAUGCUCUAGCUUCAGGACUUUCACUGAGCUUCUGACUGAUUCAGCUACUGUGUCUCCUCAAUCGAAUUGCCACGAGAUUGUAGACGCUGCCAUUAGACCAAAGACUCUCAGGUUUAACCAGCCAGCUGCAGCUGCGGUCUCAUGUCCACGGGCUAAAGAAAAUGGCAAUGGAAAGUCUUGUGAUGACACAGAUGGCGGAAACUACGUCGUUUACAAACCUAAAGCAAAGCUUGUCUCCAAAGCAACCGUCUCUGUGUUGGCUAACAUGCUUCAGGGGAAUCGUCAACAGACUUGGAGACAACCCGAAGCAGUAGCGUAUGGGAAGAGUGUGAGUCAAGGUACUGGUCCUAAUCUAGUCCAGAGAGUUUCAUCCUUUACAGAAACAGAGACAUCGGUCGGGGACAGAUCAUCUGUGGACGGAUACAACUGGAGGAAAUACGGACAGAAGCAAGUUAAAGGAAGUGAGUGUCCAAGAAGCUAUUACAAAUGCACACACCCGAAAUGUCCGGUGAAGAAGAAAGUAGAGAGGUCAUUGGGAGGUCAGGUCUCAGAGAUUGUGUAUCAAGGUGAGCAUAAUCACUCGAAGCCGUCUUGUCCACUUCCACGGCGCGCUUCGUCAUCAUCCUCUUCAGGGUUUCAGAAACCACCAAAAGGGCUUGUCUCUGAAGGAUCAAUGGGACAAGACCCUAAUAGUAAUGCCUUUUAUCAUCAUCCUCUUUGGAGCAAUCAAAGCAAUGACUCGUCUAAGAUGUAUGAGGGUUGUGUUGUAACUCCAUUCGAGUUCGCUGUUCCAAGAUCGGCGAAUUCAACCGGCGGAACUUCGGAUUCCGGUUGUCGAAGUAGCCAGUGUGAUGAAGGCAGCAAUGGAGGAGAGCUUGAUGAUCCAAGCAGAAGCAAAAGAAGCAGGAAGAACGAGAAGCAAUCAAGUGAAGCAGGAGUAUCGCAAGGUUCGGUGGAAUCAGACAGUCUUGAAGAUGGAUUUAGGUGGAGAAAAUACGGACAGAAAGUUGUUGGAGGCAAUGCGUAUCCAAGAAGUUAUUACAGAUGCACGAGCGCGAAUUGCAGAGCAAGGAAACACGUCGAGAGAGCGAGUGAUGAUCCAAGAGCUUUUAUUACAACCUACGAAGGUAAACACAAUCACCAUUUGCUCUUGAGACCUCCACCUUCGUCUACGGUUCUUCUUCCCUUUAACUCCACACAACAUUCUAAUCAAGCCAUUUGA